CGCCAAAAUAUUUAUGCUGUCGCGCUGUCCUUCUUCAACGGAGCCGCUGUUCGCGGUCAACAGUGAUGGUUGUGGUGUUCGUGCUUGCGCUUGUGGUGAUGGUGGUGGUGGGGCUGAUGGUGGAGGACGUGGAUGGUGUGCCGUUAAGCCUGAGCCAGAACAACCAGCUUGUCUUUGUGAUUGGCGUCCAAUAUGAGGCCAUCAUGCAUGUUAUGGACAUCCUCGGCCAGCACCCAGAAGUGUCUCUUCUGUCAGGCACUGGGAAGCCAAAGAACGAUGCGCAACACUUGCAGAAUGUCUUCAAGACAGCGCACGAGCUGGGCGGCAUGCUGUCAUUCUCCUUUCACGAUGAGGCGCAUAUGACGGAGAAAUCGGAGCUGUUCACAGACGACAGCAGACUUGCGCUCCUCGGUAGCUGGCGCGACCACUGGGACCUGGAUAAGCCCCUUUUAGCACUCCAGUCCCCCCGUUUUGCCACCAUGACGCGCUACCUCCAGGCGCUGUUUGGGGAGGAUAACACCAAGUUUGUCGUGGUGCUGCAACAUCCGUUGCAUGCAUGGCGGCCUGCCCUGAACAUGUAUUGGCAGCAGGCGGCGCUGUCGUGUGGCAAACCGUUUGUGCAGCAGUGGGUGCACAUUCACCAGACACUUGAGGAGGACAUGGCGCACCUCAAGCAUGUGCACGUCGUGCGAUACGAAGACCUCGUGCCAGCGUCACACGUGCCAACGCCAGAUAACCAGCUGCACCAGUACAACCGCGAACCAGCGUUCAAAUUCCGUGGCGCAGGCGCUGGCUGGAGACAGGGACAGGGACUCAUGCAGGCACCGCGGUUCACAUCACUAGCGCAGCAACAGCGGCAACAGCAGCAGGUUCUCAACAGCCUCUUCCACUUUCUUCGCGUCUCUCGGCCCGUUGCUCUCUGGACUUCGUUUCAAGACUCUGCCAUCCUCAACCACAGGUAG